CCAAUGUCCUCCCUCCAAGAAGCUCUACAAUGUCUCUCCCCAACACCCUGGGCCGAAGUCCCCCAAACACAAAAUGAACUACGAGCCUACAUCACCGAUAUAUCCAACAAGGCGAAACUAAUCGUCGACUCGAUCCCGGAGUCCCCGCCUCCGGAUCCGAACUACGUCGCCGCCGACUCGGCGUUAGCACGGGUAUCGAACUCGAGUGUGCGUGUCAGUGAUUCGGACCCAGAGAUCCAGUCGCUGCAGCAGCAAUGGGGGAAGGCGAUUAAAAUCAGCUCUGUGAAGGAUAACCCGUUCGCGAUUCCCGUGUAUAAGCUGGCGGGGGGUGAUGGGAGGGGGGCGUGGUUUGCGCGGCGGAGCGUGCACGAGGGCCUACCGUUUUCGACGUGGAAGGGGAAAUUCUCCAGCGAGAUGGACGAGACGUUAAAGGCGAAUCAGGAGUGUAUGGGGAGAGGCGGGAUACCGGAUAAAGCGGUGCGGGGGAUAGGGGCGGAGCAGGAGAUUGAGAGUGUGAGUGUGAUGGACGAGGCGGGGAAGAGUGUUCUGGGGACGGUGAAGGUGUAUCAUGUUUCUGCUCGGUUUCCAAGACCGACUACGUCGAGGGAUUUUGUGGUGUUGGGGGUUAGUUGGGAGGGGGAUGUGGGGGGGUUGGAAGGGGGGAGGUGUUGCAUGACGGUGUCGAAGCCUUGUUCGCAUCCUGAUGCACCGGCGGGUGAGGCAUAUAUUCGGGGUGAGUAUGAGUCUGUGGAGGUGGUGAGGGAGAUACCGGUGAAGAGGGAUGGGGAGGAAGAAUCAAACCCCGUCGAGUGGAUCAUGGUGACCAGGAGUGAUCCUGGAGGCAACAUCCCACGAUGGAUGGUAGAAAAGGGCACUCCAAAGAGUAUCUGCUCAGAUACCGUCAAGUUCCUCGACUGGGUUUGUCGAGAUACUCCACUGAUCGAGCCAGAAAGCGAGCAACCCAGAGAAGCAAAGAGUGACCAAGAAGACGGCGAUACAGAUUCAGACUCCGACUCAGACUCUGAAUACGACUCGGCCUCUGAAGAACCACACAACGGCCUCAUCGCCAGUUUCGCCUACUUACUCAACGCAGGCCUAGAAAGAUACGCACCGCAGGCAGUCCUUGACUACAUACCACAACACUCACACUCGCGUGAAUCAUCCCAGCAACUCGGCGAAAAGCACACAACUGAUGACCAGACAUUAUCCGACAAGAAAUCCCUCCAGAACAACGGAGAUGCCGAAUCGCACCUUUCGCCUGAUAAAGCAUCACUCAUGUCUGGCAACUCGGGUCUCGCGUCGAUCGAAAAUGGACAUACUAUCCCGCCUUCUGAGAUUAUGCAAAUGGACAAGAAGGGCAAGAUGACGUCCAACGAGAGACAUCUCGCCAAACUGGCUGAGCGGAAACGUGAUGUCGAAAGUAAACUGGAAACGGUCCGUGCUGAGAUUGAAUCACUACACCUGGAACGCGAGCUAUCAAGCAGCGAGCACCCCAACAGCAGCGCCAGCAGCCUAGCCAAACCCCCCGACAGCUCCCCAUCCAGCAGCAACAUCAACCACAGUCACAAUCGCAACAAGUCAUCUUCCAACCUCGAAACAGCCCAAAUGCACAAAGCAGCCUCGGGCUUGUUCGGCACCGAAUCCAAGCUCCUCAAGGAACUAGGCAAGAUCGAGAAAGAACAGCUCAAGCUCACGUCCAAGAUCGAGUCCCAGGCGCAGAAGGAUGCGAAACGCGAAGAGAAAUCCCGAGACCGCAGUAAGACGGAUGCAAUGCGUCGGGAGAUUGAGGAGCUCAAGAAGGAGGUCGAUAGACUUCGGACUGAACGGAGACAAUGGCUUGAGUUGGUAGGGACUUUGGAGGCGGAGAAUACGAGGCUGGCUAGUAAGGCUGGAGUUGGGGAGGAUAAAUGA